CUCUUUGUUCUUCUCUUCUCUCCGUUCUUCUCACUUUCAUUGAAAAUAAUUCAUUUAAUUUGUCAUUUUUGUUUAAAAUUUCCUGAAAAUAUUUAUUUAUUGAUUUUUUUAACAUUUUAUGCCCAUUAAUUCUUCUGCAUUUUCCAUUUCUACUUCUCUGCUAAUUCCAUAUUUUAAUCCCUAUUUUAAUGGCAACCAUCUCUAGGUCAAUCCCUACCUCUGUCCAAUUAUUUCUAGGGUUUUUUUUACUGCUACUUGCUCUGGUUUAUACGUAAAUUUAACUGGUUUGUCUCUUGUCUUCAUGGGUUUCGAGGACUAAAACUAGUGUUUCAAAUUUCAGUACCAUCAUAUGAGAAUCAAGGUUUAUUCUUUCUGAUUCACUGGUUUUCUCUGGUUCUUUGUAAGUAUCCACCUUGAAUUUCUUAGUCUUUUAUUCCUCUUUUGGCAAAUUGCUUUUGUUUAAUUAAUCAAUGGUUUAUUAUUAUAAGGAACAAAAUUUGAUUAAUGGAUUGACUGUUUCCUGGGAUUAGGGUUUUCUUGGCCUUUUCCUCUCUCACAUUUGGACACCGUCAAGGAAUUAAGAUCAAAGCUCUGAAUUAACCGUUGUUUGUUUCCUUUUGGUGUUUUGUUUAUGUUUGAUUUGAAUAUGUUGGAUUUUCUGUUGUAUUGGGGUCUCAUGGAUUGCUUGGUUAAGUUGAUAUAUUGGUUUUUUAUUGGUGUCUUGCUCUGUGGAAUUCAUUUUUUCUGCCUGCUAUUUUGCUAAGGUUUAAAUUUAAGAAAAAGGUGAGAUUGAGGAACCAUGCUAUUUGAGUUUUUGAGAUUUACAAGAAAAGGUUUGGACUGAGAUUUUUAGGGCCUCUGAAGGUUGGCUAUUUGUCUUUCUUCAAAGAAUUCGAAAUUUGUUGAGAAUUUAGGGUUUAUGAGGGUUUCUAUGUUUCUGCGAUUCUUUAUUUGCAUCCAGUGCACUGGAAUAUCAGGCUUUACCUACUGUUGGGUUCUAAUGCUUUCUCUAUGAUCUGAGUCAAGUCUUGGUUGUAUACAACCCCCGAGAAAAGGAAAGAGCCUCUCCAUUUAUUGAACAAUUCGGUCACAGUUCUGCAAGAGAAUCCUUUGAUUCUCUUCAUCUAACAAAUGUUCAAGCAAGAAAGGAGAAGAUUGAUAGAUGAUUAUGAAGUUGAUGAGGUGUUGGGAAGAGGGGGAUUCUCAGUUGUAAGAAAAGGAGUCAGCAAGGACAAUGGGAGCAAAACUGAGGUGGCUAUUAAAACCCUCAAAAGAGUAGGCUCCUUACCGCUGGGAAAUUCGAGAAACCAGUCUACGCGAUUUGGCAAAGCAGCCUCUGGAUUACCCACAUGGAAACAGGUUGCGAUCUCAGACGCUUUGCUCACAAAUGAGAUCUUGGUCAUGAGAAAGAUUGUUGAAGAUGUUUCUCCUCACCCCAAUGUGAUCCACUUAUAUGAUGUUUAUGAGGAUCAAGGUGGGGUUCAUUUGAUUUUGGAGCUUUGUUCAGGGGGUGAGCUAUUUGAUCGGAUAGUUGCUCAAGCGAGAUACACAGAGGCAGGAGCAGCAGCUGUGGUCAGGCAAAUCGCGAGUGGGCUGGGGGGUCUUCACCAAGCAAAUAUAGUCCAUCGGGACUUGAAACCCGAGAAUUGCCUUUUCUUGAACAAGAGUGAGGAUUCUCCAUUGAAGAUUAUGGACUUUGGGCUUAGUUCAGUGGAGGAUUUCACUGACCCAAUUGUGGGUUUGUUUGGGUCAAUUGAUUAUGUCUCUCCUGAGGCAUUAUCACAGCGUAGGGUUUCGGCUGCGAGCGAUAUGUGGUCUUUGGGGGUGAUCCUAUAUAUCCUUCUUUCUGGGUACCCACCUUUCCAUGUAACAUCCAACAAGGAAAAACUACGCCUUAUAUUAGCGGGAGAUUUCAGCUUUGACGAGCAUACUUGGAAAACCAUCUCACCAUCAGCAAAGCAAUUGAUAUCCGAUCUCCUGGCAGUUGAUCCUCACAGGAGACCUACUGCCAAAGAGCUUCUUCUACAUCCCUGGGUAAUAGGGGAUUCUGCAAAGCAGGAGCUCAUGGAUGCCGAGGUGGUUUCUCGAUUGCAAAGUUUCAAUGCUCGCCGUAAGUUUCGAGCAGCAGCAAUAGCGAGUGUUUGGAGCAGUGCCAUGUUCCUUAAAACAAAGAAACUGAAGUCUAUGUUGGGCUCCCAUGAUCUUACUCCUGAGGAACUUGAGAAAUUGCGGGGUCACAUUAAAGAAAUAUGCGCGAACAGAGACAGCGCAACACUGUCAGAAUUUGAGGGAGUGCUAAAAGCUAUGAAUAUGCGUUCGUUACUUCCAUUUGCUCCUCGCAUCUUUGACCUGUUUGACAACAACAGGGAUGGAACUGUCGAUAUGCGAGAGAUUCUAUGCGGCUUCUCCAGCCUCAGGAAUUCUCGUGGCGAUGAUGCUCUUCAGCUCUGCUUUCAGAUAUAUGAUACGGAUGGAUCCGGAUCCAUAUCCAAGGAUGAGUUGGCCUCAAUGCUCAGAGUUUUGCCGGAAGAAUGCCUGCCCCGGGAUGUAACAGAGCCAGGGAAGCUAGACGAGAUAUUUGAGCGCAUGGAUUCAAAUAGUGAUGGGAAGAUAAGCUUUGAGGAGUUCAAGGCUGCCAUGCAGCGCGACACCUCCCUCCAUGACAUCGUCAUCUCCUCCCUCCGUCCCUUCUGAUGCAACCCAAUCUCUCUCUCUCUCUCAAAGUAGAAAACAGAUGAGGUCCUAAGAGGGAGGAAGUUGUACAUGAGUUCGAAGUAGUAGUAGUAACAGGUGCUCUAUAUCCAGGAAUUGUUGUAACCUAUGUUCUCUCUCUCUCGCUCUACAAAUUGUAUGCCCUCGCAUGGGAAUGUAUUUAUUUGUUUGGAUACACCGACUAUUUUCAUUGGCCUUGUAA